AUGCGCUUUUUGCGCCCAAAUGGUGGCUCAAGGGAAAGGGGGGAUAGAGCUAGGGAGCGAAAGCGAAAAGAAGGUCUGGCAAAAUUCGGCAAAAUCGGGGCGGGCCUUGGCGUUCUUGGGAACGCGCCGCCGGGAAGGAGGCGGGAACCCCUUUUCAAUACCGGCGCGCGCCCCCUGCCCCCAAAACCGCGCCACAAACCUCUCCGACCCCUUUUGCGAAAAAAAAAGGCGAAUGCUCAAAAAUAUGUGGCGCCUUCCGGGCCUUGCCGUGGCGCGGUGAUUGGCCCACCGCCUUUCCUCACCUGA